UGGCGGCGGUGGGAAGAACGGGAAGGAAGGCGAGGGGGCUUUGAAGGGGGGGCUGCUGUUGGGGCUGGCGGAAGCCAUAGAGGACGCGUUUGGUGUUACCAGUGAGGGGCGGGGCGGCAUUGACAAGCUGGAUAUCGCCAAGCUCCGCACCUGCUUCUCCUACACCGACUUUUGGCCCACAGACUCCCGCCCCUACGGCUCAGGCGCGCUGUUCACGGGCAACCUGCGGGCUGCUGACGUGGCGGACGCACGGGAGAGGCUGGAGGCGAAGCUGGCCAAGGGCGCUGGCUGCCCCGUGGCGGUUUUCUUCCUGAAAGACGAGCGGAGGGAGAAGGAGGUGUGCAUAGUGCAACCAGUAUCAUCCAUUCAUCAUCGUCUCACCAUCACCACUCUCACCGGCCUCUCCCGCUGGCCACUCAUGCUGCUCUCCCUCCUGGGCUGCCUCGCCACCACUGCCACUGUCUCGGGUGUCAAUCUCGACCCCUAUAAAGUUGGGCUUGGGGAGUCAGCUCACCACGCCCUCCCUUUAACCCUCGGCCUUGCCACAGUUGUUGGCGUGGGAGAGAUCUUCCAACGUAUUAUGGCGGGACGAUACGGGGUAAAGCUCUCCCCGCCUUACCUCCUCCCCGGCCCUCUGGGCUGCCAUGGCACUGCCACUCGCUUCGAGUCGCUCCUACCGUCUUCACGGGCCCUCUUUGACAUGUGUGCAGCCAAGGCAGUGGGAUCAUUCAUGACGUCAUUCGUUCUGGCAUGUGUGGCGCUGGCAGCUGAUGGGGGCGUUGACGGUGGUAUCGACCCCAUGUACAUCGAGCCAUCGUUCUUCGCGCCCAACCUGCUGCUCUCCUUCAUUCAGAACGUCAUUGGGCCAUACUCCGACGACCUGGGAAACGUCAUGCCCAACGCCGUGGAAGGGCUGGGCGUACCAGUGAAUCCCCUGGCGUUCGCUGGGCUGCUGGGGUUUGUGAUCACCGCACUGAACCUGCUGCCUGCUGGACAACUGGAUGGGGGGCACAUGGUGCAGGCACUAUUCGGUCGGCGCAAAGCCAAGAUAACAACACUUAUCACUCUAGCGCUUCUAGCCCUGGGAGGCUUUUCAGGCAGUGUGCUCUGCCUCUUCUGGGCUUUCAUCAUCCUCGCCUUCCGCAACAGUGAGGAGCUCCCAUCUCUCGCCACUUGGCAGAGGCCGAUUCGUGCUCGCCUGGAUGCUGCUGAAUGGCAGUCUGCUGCUGCUGCUACCCAAGAGUG